AUGAUUGAUAUAGUUAAGAACAUUCAUGCAUUUAUAGAAAUGGUGAAUUGUUUUUUUUUCAUAUACAAAUUUUGUUCCCAUAUGGGAUUAUGUCUUCGUAUGGAUUAAUGCUAAAAAAGAGAGUUGCCUUUAAGGAUAAGGAUGAUAAACUCAAAAAAUCAUAUAAACAAAAUGAUGCCCUCUCAACCGAUCGUCACCUGUUGAACAAUACUAUACCAGGAGGAAACCUUACUAACAUACACCACCACGAAAACAUAGGCAGAAAUGGCAAAAUUCCCGUGAAUGACUCCAGUAUGUUGGAACAAGCUCUAUCACAAAAUAUAGAUAGGAAUGUGGCCAAUUUUAGGACGGGAACGUCCACUACCGAAGAUAAAACCCCCGAACUCUUGCGGGAUAGUUUUUCUAGUGGUGGAAUCGACCACCACGACGACAGUAGCCAAGAGGACGCUCAGGGUAUACCACUCACCCGGAAAGAGGCCGUUAAGAUCAUAACGGAGCGUCAACGUAAAAUCGGUCAUAGGAGAGUCGACGAUGAAGGAAAAGUCACUUAUAAAAAGGUCGAAUCCUCCCAACUUUUAAAAGCCAUUCAAUUGGGGCUUAACCAUUCUAUCGGCAGCUUAUCCUCCAAACCACAGAGGGAUGUUUUGAUGCAAGACUUUACGAUGAUAGAGAUGGCAAUAUUUCCUAGGGAUGGCAGCUCCACGACCGCAGCUCAUGAAUAUAGUGAGUUUAGGUUCAAAACGUAUGCUCCUGUGGCAUUUCGAUACUUUCGGGAACUGUUUGGGAUCAAAACGGAUGAUUUUUUGAUAUCGCUAUGUGCUCGACCGCCCCGCGAACUCUCUAACCCCGGUGCUAGCGGAAGUGUAUUCUUCGUGACUUGCGACGACGAAUUCAUCCUCAAAACGGUGCAAAGGAAGGAAGCCGGAUUUUUAGAAAAACUAUUACCUGGUUAUUAUAUGAAUCUCAAUCAAAAUCCUCGUACUCUUUUGCCAAAAUUUUUCGGAUUAUAUUGUUAUCAGAGUGGUGGGAAAAAUAUUCGCUUACUCAUAAUGAAUAAUUUGAUUCCGUCCUCCAUUAAAAUUCACGAAAAAUACGACUUAAAAGGCUCUACUUACAAUAGAAAAGCCAGCAAAUACGAACGACUCAAAAAUACGCCAACUUACAAAGACUUGGACUUUAUGGAAAAGCAUCCCCAAGGCAUAAUGCUGGAACCAGAUACCUACGACGCCCUCAUUAAAACUCUUAAAAGAGAUUGCUUGGUGCUAGAGAGUUUCAAAAUUAUGGACUAUAGCUUUCUCAUGGGAGUUCACAAUCUUGAUCUCACUUUACGUGAAAAGGAAUUACAAGCAAAUGAAAAACUCGCCCGACAAAAUAAAUCUUUUUUGGCUACAUCUUCCGAUUCCUCCCUCAAUUCCUUGCCAAAUCAACAACAGGGGAAUUUAACCGAAAAUUUAGACGUGGAAAGCAAUAAACAUAUAAAAUUAUCGAAAAGAGUCACAGCUUUUUCCACCGCCAUGGAGUCGAUUCAGGCUCAAUCCGAACCUAUCGAUAUAGAGGAGGAGCAAGAUGCCCCACGUGGAGGUAUACCAGCAAGAAAUGCGCAAGGUGAACGUUUACUUUGUUUCAUUGGCAUCAUUGAUAUAUUGCAAUGCUAUGAGCUCAAGAAAAAACUAGAACACACUUUCAAGUCUAUAUUCCAUGACGGGGAUACAGUUUCCGUUCAUAGACCAUCCUUUUACGCUCAAAGAUUUAAGGAUUUUGUGUGCAACAAAGUUUUCAAGAAAAUACCAUCUCUGGAUAAAUUUGACGGUAAAAGUCCGUACAAGACUUUCAGGAAGUUCGCUUUCGCCACCAUGGCUACCGUUCGACACCCCACUUUUUCCAUGAUUCCUAAUAUAAACGAAACUCACGCCAAUACUCCCAUUCCCAAUGUCUCGGAUAAUAAUAUCCUAAACCAAUCGUACAGCAUUCAAAAUUCCAAAAAUAAAGUUCCGAUUCAUAUAGUCACUUUACCGAACGAAAAUGAAAAUUAUACGGGAAAUAUCCCUCAUAAAUCGCCAUUUUCUCUACCUUUCACUGCUCUCCCCGAGCACCUCCAUACCAAACAUGCCGGAGCUAUAUUCAAAAAGAUCAUUCACGAUGGAGAAAACAAAACACAUGAUAACUUGGAUCUCAUUAAUACAUCAUCAUUUCGUCAAUCCAAAAGAAAUAAGGAAGAGAUUAUGGAUUCUGGUGAAUCAAAUAUUAGAAGGAAACCAUCCUUUGAAUACAAGUAUCCACUUGUCACAUGGAAAAAAUCUCCACCUUCCGAUCUAACUCUCAUCGAUCAAUACGGGUUGAGGUACGAUUCCGAGAUAGAAGACGAUAUAGGGCCGGAGCUCUACGAGAAAGCAAAUUUGGAAGACGUUAACGCUCUUAAGCCCAUAAUAUCGACCGCGAAUGACUCGCAUAAUUCUAAAAUUAACACCAAUAUACAGAAUAAUUUAUUGUUAGACAAUAAAUCACCCUUCAACUCCCAUUUAGGAGCUGAUUUUUCAAAAAAAUUGCAGGGCUUUAUCCCGAAUAACGAAUCGCGAAAUGUGAUAAGUUACAAACUACAUCAUUCCACACCUAUGCCAACAACCGUGAUCGAUAUUGCCUUAAAACACAAUAAUGCGGUCGUUAAAAAGAGAGACUCCAUAAACGAACAAAAUAGGUUUAUGAGGGACAAAUUUUUCCUUGCCUCACUUCCUUCCGAUUAUUCCGCUCCACUUUCACCCUUGUUAAAUAACCAAAUAAACAAUUGCGAUUUACAAAUCAAUUUAACGAAUCAAAAUUUUGCCCUAAAUUCAAACACCUUGAAUAAAGAACACCUAAACCAAGAACAAGAUUUAGAUAAACCCGACUCACCUCCACCGGAUUACGAUAUGUCAUCUUCUUCUAAUUCCCUAGAUUUUGUCAACAAUAAUACUAAAAAUGAUGCCGUUAGUAAAUAUUAUGGGAAGAGUAAUGAAGUUAAUUUCCUUAAAAUGGGCAACAAUGGCAACGUUAAAAAUAACGAGAUGGAAAAGAUAAAGGUAGAUCGAUACGGUAUACCUCUUUUUACGCCUUUAAUAUCUCGGAUUUUGAAAUCGAAGGAAAUAGGCUUGAGCGCAUUAAACGAUGAACACCAAAACAAUAAUAUCAACGAUUCAUCAUCCCCUUCUUCCAUAUCCACCCUUACAAAUAGAUCUUCCUUUCCAAAAAAUAAUAGUCUCACCCCAAAAGACCAAAGUAUCCAAAAUUAUCCAAAUCUCCAAAAUUCUCCGAAUUUUGAAACGAAUAACGAAUCUACGGCUAUAAAUAUUCAACCUAGCGACAGUCGAUUUUCUAUGAUGUCAGCCCUCUCUUGUGCCUCGUCAAAUAAUUCAUCAGCCCAGCAGACUAGUUCUGGAUGGGGUUACAACUCGGACUACGCCACUGCUUUAGAAGACCUUGAGCCUUCUUACGGCGAUAAAAACUACCUAUAUUAUGAUCGCUUAGACGAAACGGAAAUCUGGAAAUCCAAUCAAGGUAAUGGACAAGGCAGCAAAUGCACCGUAACGGGUAACUCAUAUUUGGAUAAUGAUAGGGGUGUUCUAUACGGGGAUAGGGAUUAUGAUAAUUCCACGCCUGUUGCUGAUGCCAGGUUGACCGAAAAAUUUGAAGAAAUACCUAAAGAUAACCGAUAUGUAAAGGAAGCAAGCGUUGGCCAUAUGUACGAAAGGAUUUAUUCAGAGGAUUUAAUUGUGCGAAAACAGGGUUAUACCAAUCAUCACAAUCAAGUAGGGGAAAUUACUCAAACAUCUAAUUUAACCAAUACAAAUACCUUAGCCUAUCAUCUAUGAUCAAGUUUUUUUUUCUCAUACAUACCUCCUUUAAAAUACCACUCAAAUAAUUAUUCCUGCUAAUAAUAAUUUCACGAAAUCAAAUCAAUAAUUUAUUACUACGAAUUUAUGAAAUAUUAUAUAACAAAUAUAUAAUUUGCCAAAUUUAUUUUCAUGUGUUUUUUUUACACAAAAUAUAUUUUUAAUUUUAUCACACAAUUGUUUAUACAGUAUUCGAAUAAUUUAUUAUUUACAAACUUAAUAUUUAAUUUAUUAGCUAUAAUAUUCUUACAAUUAAUUGUGUUUAUUUAAAUAAAUAUGAAAUAUUUUUUUUUACAUACAAAAGGAAACAUUUAAAUAGUUAUUUAUUUACUUUGGGAUGGGAGCUGCCAUUUUUUAGUAAAUUGAAAUAUAUAAUUUUUAUCUAUACUUAGACACAUUUUUAAAAUACGUUUGCCAACUCUGGACGACUUCAUUUACUAAAAUAAAGUUUAUGUUCAAGGAAUUAAUGUAUAAUAAUAUUGUAUUUUGAUUUCUUUUAUAUGAAUUUUUAUUUGCAAUCCUUUCAAAAUGCCACUUAUUUCGUAAUUUUACAACCAACAUUAGAUCUAAUUUUACAUAUUUUUUUAAAAUAUUAUUAUGGUUUUUUGUGCUUUUGUUUCGUGUUAUUGAGGUUAUAGAAUAUUUUACAAAAAAUGUUUCUUAUACGCUCGAUUUAUAUGUUUUUGUGUUUUGCCG